AUGGGCGUGGUUUGUCAGGUUGCCAGCUCUCGACUGGCUGUGCUUCCGCUUCUGCGUGGCAUGUCACGACGUUCGCGUGUUUCCGAUGAGAUUGACGUGAUUUCAAGUAGCGACGAUGAAAUGCCGCUGCCGCCGUCGAAACCGCCGAUCACAAUACGUGGUGUUGGGCAUAUCACUAUGUUCGGUCUCAAUUCUCGGUUCGAUACAGACUUUCCCAGCGAAUUAAUUGGACGAGUAGCACCUGAAGAACUAUCAGAUACCCUUGGACGAAUAAACAGUGUGCUCAAGCGUCAUGUACAAAUGUCGAGUCGGUGGUUGUUGUGCGGUUUGCUGUUUUGUUGCUGUUCGUUUGGAUGCUCGCUGUUCCCUGUUGUAUGCCUUAAUAGAAGGACAGUGACAGCCGUUGAGAAGACAUUGGAUCACGAGAACAUAUGUCUCUACCAUAAACUGGGCCUUCACUGGCGCCUAGUGAAACGUCCAGUGGAGGGCUCAAGGCUGACGGAAUACGUGUUGGAAUUGCAAACACUUCCCAAGAUUCCUGGAUUUCGGGAAGUUCUGGGUUUUCACCGUGAUACCUGUGAACUGCAUACGGCUCUUGCCUACUGGUGGAGAGAUCCCAGCCUCGAAAAAAAAAUAUCAGUCCCACUCAGGAAGACUUCAUCUGCUAAACUUAGCACAAAAGGUUUUGUUGUUUACGUUACUUGUUUCCCGUUAAUGUCGAAAAACAUCAAAACACCAACAAAUCAAAAAAUUCUCACAAAUGUAGCUGUGGUUCGAAUGAAGAAGAUGGGAAAACGCUUUGAAAUAGCGUGUUAUAAGAACAAAGUUGUGAACUGGAGAAACAAAUCCGAGAAGGAUAUCGAUGAAGUGCUGCAGACUCACACCGUAUUUUCAAACGUAUCGAAAGGACAACUAGCCAAAAAGGAUGAGUUGGUAGCAGCAUUUGGUACCGAGGACCAGCUCGAAAUUUGUAAAAUUAUUCUUGAAAAAGGGGACUUGCAAGUUUCUGACAAGGAACGACAAGCGGCAACGGAUCAAUCACUGAAGGAGGUAUCUCAACUGAUUGCCUCCAUGGUAGUGAAUCCAGACACGAAACGUCCAGUCCCACCUUCAGUAAUCGAUAAAGCGCUUCAUGAAAUGCACUUCUCUUUGAAACCUAACAGGAAUGCGAAACAACAAGCGUUGGAAGUGAUACCGAAGCUUCGAGAGACGAUUCGAAUUGAGCGUGCAAAGAUGCGAAUUCGAGUUUCGAUGCCAUCGCAUGAAGCUAAAAUUACACAUAACCGUCUGAAAGCACUAUUCACAGAAGUGGAGAUGGAAGACUGGGCCGAGGGCGGUUUGGAAAUUGUUGGUCUAAUUGAGCCCGGUCAGUUCCGUACCACCGAUGAACUUGUUCGAAAUGAGAGCCGUGGCCAUGGACGGCUAGAAAUUCUCAGCCUGAAAGACGUUCGAGAUGGAGAGCUCGAAAUAUCGUAA